AUGGGCUCUGAAUUAAGUGUUGCACGCCAACACACGCCCUCGGUCCAUUAUCUCGAAUUCACAACCACCGAAAACUCACAGCGACCUGCUUCUGACACGACUUUGCUACCGACUGCGGAUACCGCUUCGGUGGAUGACCCAAGUUCCAACCAUCUACCACCAUCUCCUCCACCUCUGCGUAUACCCAUGUCUCUCGACGAAUGGAAGCGUCAGCCAACAGUUUCUCAAGUCGUUUUUGGACUCGCCCUCCCCUAUAAGCCUCCACACGGCUCGUUUGGCGCUUUCCUCUGGCGGCGACGCGUCUGGCUCGAGACGACAUUCGCCCUCUCGAUGAUGCAGCCUUGGGAGAAAGUUGUCGUUGUAUGUGCCGCGUCGUUCUUUCUCGCUCUUCUCCUCGUUGGCAUGUACCUUUACUUGCCCCACCAUUUCGUCUAUCUUCAUGGACGCGCUCUUUACUACCUUUGGGGGCAUGAGGCUAGCGUAGGAAAGUCGUUGCAUGCGGCCUGGACAUGGAGCUCCAGCUGGCGUGCCGUUGCGAACUGGUCUAAUCCCGCUGCCCUAUCAGCCAGUCUCCACGAGGGCCUAUAG